AUGGCGUCAGCCGUGAUUAAGUUUAGUGCCAUAUUAUUGCUGGUUGGAGUCUGCCUUGCUGAUAUUGGAGAACGUCCCGUUACGGAAGCCUGUCUUGGUUGCAUUUGCCAAGCGGUGUCUGGUUGCAAGGCAGGUUUGCAGUGUGAAGGCGAUCAUUGCGGUCUAUUUCGCAUAACCUGGCCAUACUGGGCAGAUGCCGGCAAACCAACUCUUGAUGGAGUAUCUCCUGAUGCCCCUGAUGCAUACUCGAGCUGUACCAACAACCCAUACUGUGCUGCUGAGACCGUCCAAGGCUACAUGAGGAAAUUUGGACAGGAUUGCAACAAAGAUGGCGUAAUCAACUGCUACGAUUUCAUGGCCAUCCACAAGCUAGGAGGGUACGGUUGUACUGGAGACCUACCCUUCAAUUACGUCAACGUUUUCAACCAGUGCAUCGCCUACGUCUCUCAAAUACAGGGC